GCCCUUUCAUUCAAUGCUUUACCCAACUCACCACCCCUUUUCUUUACAAUUCCACCGCUUUAUCACCACUCCUCCCCCUCCUCCUGCGUCUCCCUCUCCCUCUCCUUCUCAUCUUCUUCAUUUGUUGUAGCUCUCUUCCUCUCAGGAAAUGGAAUGCGUUGAGAAGGCCCUGAAGAGCAGUGUGGUUAGGCCGGAGUUGGCCUUUAAAUUGACCCAACAACCGGCGUGUAUGGAUGAUAUGUGCAUGGCAAAUGGGCAAAGCGGUGUUUCUGGUGAUGACUUCUCUAUAGACGACCUUCUAGACUUCACAAAUGGAGGUAUUGGAGAAGGGCUCUUCCAAGAAGAAGAUGAAGAAGACGAGGACAAGGGCUGCGGCUCCCUUUCCCCUCGUGGGGAACUAACGGAGAACGAUAACUCCAACCUUACUACUACAACUUUCUCCGUGAAAGACGAGUUCCCUUCCGUUCCCGCUACCGAACUCACAGUUCCGGCGGAUGAUUUGGCGGACCUUGAAUGGUUGUCUCAUUUUGUAGAGGAUUCCUUCUCGGAAUACUCCGCACCUUUCCCCCACGGAACCCUAACAGAGAAGGCCCAGAACCAAACGGAAAACCCCCCUGAACCGGAAACGCCGUUGCAGAUAAAGUCGUGCCUGAAGACUCCAUUUCCGGCCAAGGCUAGAAGCAAACGAGCGAGAACAGGCGGUCGGGUUUGGUCUAUGGGUUCUCCGUCGCUUACGGAAUCAUCCUCCUCGUCUUCGUCUUCCUCUUCUUCGUCCCUUUCCUCGCCUUGGCUCAUCUACCCCAGCACGUGUCAGAACGUGGAAUCGUUUCACUCGGCCGUAAAGCCGCCGGCGAAGAAGCACAAGAAAAGACUGGACCCGGAAGCCAGUGGCAGUGCGCAGCCGACCCCCCACCGGUGCAGCCAUUGUGGGGUCCAGAAGACUCCACAGUGGAGAACCGGUCCGCUCGGUGCCAAAACCCUCUGCAACGCAUGUGGGGUUCGCUACAAGUCCGGCCGACUCUUGCCUGAGUAUAGACCAGCAUGUAGCCCAACUUUUUCUAGCGAAAUUCAUUCAAAUCACCACCGGAAAGUGUUGGAAAUGCGGCGGAAGAAGGAGGUGACCCGGCCUGAAUCCGGUUUAGCUCCGGCAGUUCCAAGUUUUUGAAGAGAAAUUAUUUAGUCUUAGAUAGGUAAAAGAAAAAACCGAGGAAAGUAAAAAAAAAAAAAAAAAAAAAAAGGAAGGAAUAGCUCAUGAACCGGGUGCAUAGGACCCGGUUCAAAUUAGACCGAGUUAGUUUCGGUUCGAGUGUACAUUUCCGUGGUGGUUGCGGUAGGUUUCUAGUCAUGUAACUGGUUAGGAAGACUUUAAUGUACCUUUUUUUUAUAUAAAAAAAAAAAAGGAAUUAAUUUCUUA